AUGAAGAGACUCGACAUGCUUGAAGAAUGCAAUGCUCCAACCUUUUCGGUGAAAAAUCUUCCGGCCCAUCUCUCUCGUGGCUCGCCACCCAGGCUCCGGAAUCGUGAAAGGUCCACCCUCCGGAGUAAUGCUGCGCAUCCCAGAAGCUCCUCUCCACCUCCUUUGCCAAAAUCAGCUUCACUUCCUAUGCACACCGUCCGGAAAAACUCGUCAAACAACCGUCCUUGUGAUCAACCGACCCUACCUCGUUCGUCAGUUUCGAGUGACUCGACCUGCCCUAUUUCCAACACACCAUCGCGGUCGCCUUCGACGUUAUUCGAACAUUCGCCACUUAUUGCCGAAGUUUUGCGUCAAAUAACAGCGUCCAAAGCAUCUGUUCUCGAUCUACGCACGCAACUAACGGAGUGUCAAACUUCUGCCUCUCAAUCUCGAGCUGUGUUGCACCAAGAAGUCGACACGCAUCGCGAACGGAAACGGCUGGAAGAUGUAUCGAAGGCUGAACUUAGGUCACGGACAAAGACUCUUGAGGAUUCCAAGAGAGUUGCUGAAGGCUUGAAAAAGGAGGCCGACAAAAAGCUUAAAGCUGCCCAGCUCGUUCACGAUACUGCUACUCAGCGCAUGGAAAAUCUCGACAAGGAGACCGGCGACUUGCGCAAAGAGCUCGCUGAGAACCGCGAAUUUAUUGCUGAGCAUCGAGGCCAAGUUUCGGACAUGGAGCGCGAUCUCACGGAAGCACUGGAACAGAAGCGUCUCGAGAUCAAAGCGGCCGAAGAAUUGGUUCUUAUUCUCAACCAGCGAUCCAGAGAGCUCGAGGAGAAGCUAGCGUCGGAGAAAGACAGGCUGCAGACACUCAGGGAGAAAUCGGAUGGCCUUCGACAAACUCGAGCCUCUCAUCUCGAGGAUUCUAUAACGCAACUCUUCCAUCAUCAAGAAUCCGUGCUAUCUACCCCUGAUGUACAUCAUUCUCCUACGACGUACGACCACACCGCAGACUCUUGGGAUAUGACUUCAAACGGCCUUCACAAUCAGUUUCCUCACAUAUACGAUGCAUCCCAACUCUAUGCUCUCGGAGGAUCACCUCGUCGCGCAUCUAUUGGUAGCACAAACGGCACUCGUCUUGACAAUGCCCCAGGAUUUCAAGCAAAUUCUUUUUCGCCGUUCUCCGACGUCACAAGUUCGGACGGGACUGUGUUUGAAAACGGACGUUCAUAUUUGUUCAACGAUCUCGGUUUUAGCGGGUCUCUCGAUAAUGGAGGUUCUAUCUCAAGAUCGUUCCAGUCCGACAGCGAUCCAUAUGUUGAGAAGGAAUACCAUCAAUCGACGAAACAGCACCACAAAGCUGAUGCUCCUGGCGUCAUAACGUCGUCUCCUACUUCGUUGUACGGGCCCUCAAUCAACAAUGCGGAAGAACUAGCCUUAGCCCUGCAGUUCCCUUCAUAUGAGCACCAGCAUCGGCCUUUCGAGUCGCAACGUUCAACUUGGAAACAUUCGAAGGAUGAUUCUCCUUUCGCCUUUGACCCCCAGGAGGUGGAGUAUCCUUAUUUCCAGACCGCUGCGGAGAAGACCAGCACCCGAAAUUGGUUCUCGGCCAUUAGCAAGGCGAAAACAGGCAAAGGACUCAACCCGGACGCGAAGGAAUUCAACCUCUUCCGGAAGGGACCUGGCAACGGCACCAUGUUCAACGGACACCCGCUAAGCAAUGCUAUGUACGACGCCCUCAAUCCCAACGGACUCGGCCCGACGGCUGGCGCGGCCUCUACAGGCCAGUCGUUGCUGCGUGCGUUUGCUCCCUCGCCUGCAGAGCGAGAGGCACUCCAGCGAGCGUUGGGAGGAUCGACCAAUACCAGCUUUGAGCGGCUUCCGAGCUUGAGCGAUGUUGGCAGCAUCCCGGCGUCGCCUACCAGUUGUCAUGCUCGUGCUCAUGUCCCCCAGGUCCCCGUCCGUGAUCUUGGUAGCAUAUUGCCAGCAUGGUUGCAGUCGUUGCCUCGCGCCCGGAAGGCCAACUUCAGUCCGUGGGAUGACGAGGAACCCAAGGAGACUCGCAAGGAGAAUGUGAUCCGAAGGAUGACUUGA